UUUUCGUUCGUCUGCUUCAGUGUGACUUCGGCUGCCGGCGCAAAAGCAGUGAGUGUUAAUUCGUAAACAUGUACGUUAACCGCGCAUCUCGCCUUGUCGCUAUAUGUAUGAGCUUCAUGGUCAUCAAUGAAUGCGCAGCCGUUGCCACAAGUAACGUCCCCUGUGGCACCGAGAAAGGCGAUCCGUGUGACAAGGGACUCAUGUGCGCCGGAUGGAUGAUACCAGGCGGCAAUGAGUUGCCUGGACUGUGCGUGGACAGCCUGAAUCUAAACCAGAAGAUCGAACGCGACCUUCCCAAGAUCCGUGUCAGCGAUAUGAUAGCUACUGCCUCCCCUGGGUCUGAAGCGAUCAACCACGACUCGAAACAACAACAUCAACCCAGCUUUGCAGAUGCUUACAACGCGUACUACACGUGA